AUGUCGGAACCGAUCGACGAAGAGAAUGGUGUUAGUUUCUGGCAGUGGAUAGAAGAAAAUGACGAAUUAUCAACUAAAAAUCAAAAUAAUCUAAUGAAUACAUUUUUCCUUUUCUUUCACAAUCAACCGAAUCGAGCCGUUGCUACCGGAACGAUUGCUUCAGAUGAUCGAGACAUGGGAAAGAUAUUAUCAUUAGAGCAAGCUGUUUGGAUUGGAGGAAUUAAUAUUCAUCGUGAUUUUCGUGGACAUGGGAUUGGAGGAAUUUUAUUCGCAUACAUCGAUAAGUAUAUUCAACAAACGAUUAAAACUGGCAUUACUGUUUGUUUAUUUACGCAAAAUGCAAAAGCAAAACAUAUUUAUAAAAGAUUCGCUUUCAAAUCUAAAGGAUUUAUUAAAAAUGGUUCACUCGUCGAGAACGAUCCAACAGAUUCAUUAAAUGAACUCUUCGAAAAAAUCUACACGGUGAAAUAA